UUAUACACUCUCCGUGAGUGAAUGAGGUCAGAGUUUCGCGUUCAUAUUGCUGUGGUGAAAAACGGAUUUGGAUUUUUGUGCCUUUGGAGAAUGCAGCAUCAUCUUUAAACUUUGAACCAAUUUCAGUAAGACAACCACAGCAAAAUGAGUGACGAAGAGAACGCUCCUCCGGUAACGACGAACUUCGAGAAGCCUCCCGUAGUCCUUGGGGUUCCUGAGAAACAGCCUCGAGACCUGGGCGUGCACAAGAUAGUGUUCAACGGAAGGGAUCAGCCCAUCGGGGAGUACGCAAGAACUAAAGAGGGGUUGGCCGAGUCCAUCACUAUAGUACAAGAUGAAUAUUGUGGGAGAGAAAAGGAAGGGGAGAGAAAAAACAAAGAAGUAAGGAACAGGCUGAUCUCAGCCAGCAUCAUCUGUUUGAUCUUUAUAGCACUGGAGUUUGCAGGAGGUUACUUCUCCAACAGUUUGGUGAUUGCGGCCGACGCCGCCCAGUUGCUAACUGUCUUCUCUACUAUGAUGGUGUCCUUGUUCGCUAUCCGGGUGUCAGGCCGUCGGCCUAAUUCGGCCUCAGGCUUCACCUGGUACCAGGUGGAGGCCGUGGUAGCUCUAGCCUCCGUGCUGGUCACGUGGGUCCUCACCAGCAUCGUCAUGUACGUCGCCUACCAGCGGCUGGUGAAGGAGAAGUUCGAAAUCGACGUUGACAUGAUGUUGGCCACCUCGGCGUUCGGUGUUGUAGCUAACUUAGUGAUGGGGAUGGUUCUCCACAACAACUGUCACGUCCGUAGCUGUCACGGAGUCCACGACCCCGCGGAAGCUCCCAUCGUAAACGUCAACGUCCGAGCGGCCUUCCUCCACAUCGUCUGUGACUUCCUCUUCAGUUUGGGGGUGUUUAUCACGGCGCUCUUCAUCGACUGUUGUCCCGAAUGGCACAUAGUAGAUCCCAUCGGUACCUUGGUGUUUUCCGCUAUGGUGCUGGUUAUUACUCUGGCUGUUUUGAGAGAUGUUGUCAACGUUCUCAUCGAGGGAAUGCCUAAAGGAGUUUACUUCAACGACGUCCUGAAAACAUUCCUGACCAUUGAUGGGGUUCAACAAGUCCAGGACUUGAAGCUUUGGGCUCACAGCCUGGACAAGAUCGCACUGUCUGCUCAUCUUACGAUCCGUCCAGGAGUCGAUCACAACGAAGUCCUCAAACUGGCCUCCAGGAGAAUCCACGCCAAGUACAACUUCUACGAAAUGACAUUGCACGUCGAGGCUUUCCAAGAACAAAUAUCAGCUGAUUCUACAUUGGAAAAGAAAUGAGGCGUGUUUAAUGCUUCACUUUUGAUUCUGAUUUGUGCUAUAAAAUAAAUUGUACCUGGAUUUCAAUAAAUAACUGUUUAGCCAUACAAUA